CGAGUUUCCCACUAGAAAUUACGAAUUGGAGGGGCAUUUAAGUGGAUUUUUUCCCAGUCGUAUAUUGUAAAUACCACCUUCCCACUCGGUUAACAACGCAUUACAAAUCCUAGGAGGAGGUUCUCAGGAAUGUAAUUGAGGGCCUUUUGAGCCAAUUAAGGCUUCGCACCCGAAUCUCCACCAAUGACUGAGAAGGAGGCGAGGUCUUGGAUGGACGCGGGAUGGCGUUGGGAAGAACUUGGAUAAUUUCAGUCGAAGAAAAUGGAAAAAGGGACAAUUAAUUUAUAGGAGCAGAAGAAGUUCUUCCUCAGUGUUUGACAGGGAUUUGUUUGCACAUCUUUACUGUGGAACUAGGAAAAAUAACGAUAUUCAUCAGGAUUCGAAAUAUGGGCCAUGUGUGAUUGAAGAGGACCACCACCACCACCACCACCACCACCACCAGGCUGCUGAGGGAACCUGUAUGCCCAGAGAAACAGCAACCAGUAUGGACAUCGUGGAAGACUUCCCUCCCCCGCCUCCUGAAAUGUUGGCGGACGAGGUGCCCUAUGCCGAUGAAGAAGAGGGGGAGCAGUUUGAGUUUGAUGACAGUGGGGAUGAGUUCCCUGAGGCAGACCGGCCACCCCAUGCCCCUCCAGCCCCAGAUUACGGGGGCAAGGCCCAGAUCAAUGGUGUGGCACCUCACCCACAGCAGGAAGGACCAGACCCCCGGCCCUCCAACCCGGAGCCCGCAGCAGCAGCGGACACAGACACAGUGGCAGCUGAACCACCAGUUCCAGUAGCCAUGGCUACAACGGACACAGUGGCAUCAGCACCGGAUCCUCCGGUAGCCAAUGCUCCAACAGAAACAACAGCUCCAGUGGCAGCAGCAGAAGGGGACAAGACUUCAUCUGUCCCAGCUGGCGCAGACCGUGACUUACCCCCUCCUCCACCCCCAGAGGACUCCACUCCUGUAGGAACAGACUCCGUGAACACAAAUAAGGAAGUGUCCAGUGAUGACCCUCCCCCGGCCGUCCCCAGGACCACCUCCCAGAGGAAAGUCAACCCCUACUCUGUGAUUGAAAUCACCCCCCUCCAACUGGAGCAGCAGCAUGGGCCCGUCCCUACCUCUUCCUCACCGGUUGAGAGGGUAGGAGGAGAGGGGGAGAGGGAGGGGAAGGGCCAGGAAGUUCCCCCCGCCAGCCCCCUCUGUGUCCCACCGGGCUACUCUGUGCCCGUGCCCUGUGGGUACGCCACCCCCUCUGGUGUGCCCCUCAUUACGCCAGCCUACACCACGCCCGUCAUCAUCCGACACUUCUCCGUGGACGAGGAGGAUACUGUGGUGGGGACAGGCAACAUUUCUGUUGAUAUUGAAGAGUAUCCUGCCAUCAGAGAGGAGGAUGCUUUGUCUAAAUGGGUGUCAGACCCUGCAAACACAGCCUGGAUGGAAAAUCCAGAUGAAGUCAUUUAUGAUGACGUGCCCAGAGAGAACUCUGACUCCACUACAGAGCCAGACGAGAUGAUCUAUGAUGAUGUGGAGUUUGGGGAGGAGGGCUGUGGCAGCUCCCUGGACAACGGUUGGAGUUCCAGCGAGUUUGAGAGCUAUGACGAGCAGAGUGACGGGGAGGGCCGCGGGGAGAAUGGCCUGCCUGACGCCUUCAUGAGAGGGAAGCCCCCACAAAGGAAGACCCAUCUUUCUCAAGAUCUGACACGCUUGAAAGAACACUAUGAGAAAAAGAUGAAAGAUCUUAUGGCAAAUACAGUGGGAACAGUAGAGCUGCAGCAGAUUAAACAGAAACACGAGCAGAAGAUGCAAAAGCUGGUGAAGGCAGCGAGAGAUGGGACCAAAGACGGCCUGGAGAAAACCAAAGCAGCAGUGAGAAGGGGAAGGUCGUAUAUCAAGACCCACUGUCACGAGAGGAAGUCAACCUGUUUUGAGGAUGAGGAGUCGGAGCUAUUCAUCGAAGUGGAAUGCUUCAACAUGGAGCCAGUGCUCAGUCCCGUCCCUGAGGGUCUCUCACAACAACAGGUGGUGAGGAGGUGUAUACUGGGCUCCAUAUUAGAGAGUGAGAAGAACUAUCUCGAUGCACUGAAGCGGAUUUUAGAGCAAUACGAAAAGCCACUUUUGGAGAUUGAGCCCAGGUUGCUAAGCGAUAGGAAGCUGAAGGUGACAUUCUAUCGUAUCCGGGAGAUUCUCCAGUGCCACGCCCUGUUCCAGAUCGCCCUGGCGUGCCGCGUGGCCGAGUGGGACAGUCUGGAGAUGAUCGGGGACGUCUUUGUAGCCUCGUUCUCCAAGUCCAUGGUGCUGGAUGCCUACUGUGAGUAUGUGAACAACUUCAGCACAGCCAUGGCGGUGGUCAGGAAGACCUGUGCCUCCAAACCCAGCUUCCUAGAUUUCCUCAAGCAACGUCAGGACACCAGCAGUGACCGGGCCACUCUCUACGGACUCAUGAUGAAGCCCAUCCAGAGAUUCCCUCAGUUCAUUCUACUGCUGCAGGACAUGUUGAAGAACACACCAGCAGGCCACAGUGACAGACUGCCCCUACAGAUGGCCCUGACAGAACUGGAGACCCUGGCUGAAAAGCUCAAUGAGAAGAAGCGGGAGGCUGACCAGCGCUGUGAGAUCAGACACAUAGCCAAGGCCAUGAACGAACGCUACCUCAACAAGCUUCUGAGUAAUGGCAGCCGCUACCUGAUUCGCUCUGAUGACAUAGUGGAGACGGUCUACAAUGACCACGGAGAGGUGAUCAAGACCAAGGAGCGACGCCUUUUCCUGCUCAACGACGUGCUCAUGUGUGCCACGCCCAACGUCCGGUGCAGUGUGGAUGGCAGUGGUAGUGGCAACGCCGCCCUGGGUCAGAAGUUCCUGCUGAAGUGGAGUGUCCCUCUGAACUUUGUGGACGUAGUAGAGUUUGGCUCCAGUGAAGACAUGGGUGACAACAGCCGCUUCACCCCACAACCCCACUCUGGAGAGAAGGUGAUCAUCAAUGCCAAACCAAAUAAGCUGUACAUGGGUCCAGGCCAGCUGUACCAGGACCUGCAGAACCUCAUCCACGACCUCAGCCUGGUCAACCAGAUCUCCAGCAUGAUCGGAAGCCUCAAGGGAAACUACCAGAACGUUAACCCUGCGGUGGCCCAUGAUUGGGUGUCAGGUCUGCAGCGUCUCAUCCUGAAGAAGGAGGAAGAGAUCCGGGCUGCAGACCGCUGUAGGAUCCAGCUGCAGCUGCCUGGCAAACCGGACAAAUCUGGCAGGCCCACAUACUUCAGUGCAGUGUUCAAUACGUUCUCUCCUGCCAUCAAACAGUCAUGGAUCAGUAACCUGCAGAUGGCCAAGCUUGCUCUGGAGGAGGACAACCUGCAGGGCUGGUUCUUUGCAGAGGAUGAUGGUAACCAGAUCAAGAAGCAGAAACAUCCUCUCCUGCUCAGGCAGAUGCCUGUGGUCAUGUCCAAACUACAGGAGUUCAAGGUGGAGUGUGCGGUCCAUAACCCCGAGCCCCACAUCAACAUAGAGAGCACAGCAGACACCCCUGCUCUGGGACACGGCUGUGUGUGGGUGGCGAGCUGCACCAACCAGAUGGGUCAGAUAGCCAUCGUAGCCAUGCAAAACUCCAGCCCUAAAGUGACAGAGUGCUUCAAUGUUGAGUCACGGAUCCUGUGUAUGGCGUACGUACCCAUGGAGCAGAGGACCCAGGAGAACGGGGAGGGGAACCCCGAAAAUAAUCACUCCUCAGCAGGGAAGACCAGUGAUGCCCCCACGGUCUGUCUGGGCAUGGAGGAGGGCAGCAUCAUAGUCUAUAAGAGCAGCCAGAGAUCCAAGAAGGUCCGUCUGCAACACUUCUUCACCCCAGACAAGUCUACCGUGACCAGCCUGGUACACAAGAAGCAGUGUUUAUACACUGGCCUAGUGAACGGCUCAGUCACCAUCUACUCCAGAGCACAAGAUGGCUCGUGGAAUCCAGACUCUCCUAAGGUGCUGAAGCUGGGGGUUCUGCCAGUGAAGGCCAUGCUAGCUGUGGAGGAACAUGUCUGGGCUUCCUCUGGAGGACAAGUCUUCAUCAUCAGCACUACCACACACACUGUGGAGAGGCAGCUGGAGGCCCACCAGGAGGAGGGCAUGGUGGUAUCCCACAUGGUGGUGGCUGGGGUGGGUAUCUGGAUAGCCUUCAGCUCUGGGUCCACCCUCAGACUGUUCCACACGGAGACACUGGAGGAUCUACAGGACAUCAACAUCGCUACACCUGUACACAACAUACUGGCUGGGAACCAGAGGGUCUCAGUCAGCAGUCUGCUGGUGUGCCAUGGUCUGCUGCUGGUGGGGACCAACCUGGGGGUGACAGUGGCCCUCUCUGUCCCCAGACUUCAGGGAAUCCCCAAGGUCACAGGACGGGGCAUGGUAUCCUUCCACGCCCACCAUGGCCCAGUAAAGUUCCUCACCAUGGCAGCCGCGGUGUGCAACCGGCCCUCUGGCAACCCAGGCAGCAGCCUACCUAGCCAGCCAGGAGGCACCAAGGAUGGGGAGAAGGCCCAGGCCUCCCCACCUCCAACCCCAGGCUCCACACCCACUCUAGCUCCCACCCAGGGCCGGGGAGUGUGGCUAGGGGAGGCAGGCUGCACUUCCAUGGCCCUCCAGGACUCCCUGUCCUCCUCCUGUGGCUCCCUGGCUCUGUCCCAGGGCUCUCUGGAGCACGGGCUCGAGGACGGGGCCAUCUAUGACCUGGUCAAUGAUCCGGCCCACCACCAGAGGGGCAGGAGGGUCCAGAAGGUGGACGUCAGCUCUCUGCUGGUGGUUUCAGGGGGGCUGGGUCACCACAGGGUCAACAGGAAGACCAAACAGUCCCGUCAGGAGGAGACUGUGUCCAACAUCAUGGUGUGGCAGAUCCCUCUACUCAACAUGUGAGAGAGACCAGAGAGUAGAGACUUACUAGUACAGUGUAACAAGACUGAGGAUGCUGCAGUUCCUACUUGAUAUCAGUGACACUUGACUCAGUGACACUCCAAAGGAUAUCCAUUAAUUCCCAUGGUUGUCUGGACUUUGGUAUCAAUCAACUCAACUAUGUGUCUUAUAAUGAGAAAUACUCCAGAGGGCAUCACAUGAAUAAUAGCAAGUUUCUGAUAUCUCCUACCCAGUGACCUUCUGUUCAUGUGGGACAUUCCUAUUGGGUAAUGGGUACAAAUGGAUCAAUACACUUUAACCACUUAAUAAUGGCACCUGACUUGAAUCCAAUGAAGAGAACCUGCAUAUGUAGAAAAACCACUGAAAUGUCCCUAAUGUCAUUCAUAUGUCAUUUUGAGAGAGGACCGAUGAAAUGUUACUUGUUAUAACAUGGCUAAUAUUUUGUGUGACUGAGACGUGCCUGAUCACCAGAGUGUUGAUGGCACAAUAAUUGUAUCCGGGCUAAUCACAUAGAUAGACAUCAGACAUUCCCAUUUUCCUACGUAGACAGAAUUUGAGGAAAGCCAGGCAACAAUGUCUACUCCGACACUUCCACUGUUAAGAACAGGCAUUAUUUGGGGCCAAAGCCUUCUCAGGAUCAUAUCCAUUGGCCGGGUUAUGUUCUAUGAAUUGGGUCUGUUAAUAUAGAUAUGUUAACUUUUUUGUUAUUGGAUCAGGGAGAGAUCAUUUGUCCGCAAUGGUGCCCAUAUUUCAUUGGUACACUGAAGCUUAAAGUGUGCUUAUGUUGUCAUCAAGUGGUUGCUGAUAUGAGGUAUGAUGGGACUUCCUGGCUGGCCAGGUUUCCAGUAGAUCCUAACUGUAGGGAGAGUCUCUAACUGUUACCAGAUGAAAAGAAGGGGUUGUUACUUGCUCAAAUACAUGUAUUGUCACUAAAGGAUAUUUAAAAAAUGUAUCUAAAGCUUUAUAAUUUUGUGCCAUUUUGUAUGUACUUCUGUUGUGUAUAUUAACACUAUACAUGUUUUAUUCAGCA